GCCAUGCCUCCCGUACUUUCGCUCGCUGUCUGCCUCUUCGACAAUGUGGCCUCGACCGACUUCCAAGGUCCAGUAGAGCUCUUUGGUUUCAUCUCACCCAGAGGGCUGCCCAAGAGGUACUGGCCGACCGAGCCAGGCUAUAUCAUUGAGGCAAGCUACUUCUCCGUCACAAUGGACCCCGUGUAUCCCAUGUCGGGGCCUGCCUUGGUGCCCACCAGAACCUACGAGUCAUUACAGCCAGACGAACAGUUUGACAUUAUCCUCGUCCCUGGAGGUAUAGGCAGUCGUCCCGGGGUCACACCAGAGCCCGUAAUUCAAUUCGUAAAGAAUCAGGCUCCCCGUGCAAAAUAUGUGCUAUCCGUGUGCACCGGAGCGGAGAUUCUCGCCCGCGCGGGAGCACUCGCUGGCCGUAAAGCGACCACCAAUAAAAGGGCCUUGGCCCGUAUCAGGGGAGACCAUCCCGAAGUUGGCUGGGAGCCGAGAGCGCGAUGGGUAAUCGAUGGCAACACCUGGACUUCGGCUGGCGUCACAGCAGGCACUGACAUGGCUUACGCGUUCUUGGAGCACCUAGUGGGCUCGGAGGUAUCCAGUGUGGUGCGGAACAUCAUUGAGCUGCCUGUCCGCUCGCAAGAAGAUGAUGAGUUUGCAGAGCAUUACAAGCUCCUUUAAUCUGUUACACUGUCCACGCCAUUUCGCCGAAGAUCCCCCCUUUACAUCGUAUAUUCGUUUAGUCCUGUUAGAUGGCGCUUUGUCUGCUAUAACAUUUGUGGUAGUAAUGUAAACGCUUGCGUUUGAAGCCCAUAAUGUGUCCCAAU